AUGCAAGCAUCCCCAGAGAAAACCAAACUUUUUGGUCUUCAGGUCGAAUUGCUAGGCGACUGUGUGGGACACGGAGUAGUAAGACUUGAUUUUGACAAGGCAGCAGCUGUACAGAACUACCCCAGGCCAAGCACCAGGAAAGAGGUACAAGCAUACCUUGGCCUUACUGGCUUUGUGAAUAACUAUGCGCACAUUGCAAAACCUUUAAAUGACUUGCUCCACAAAGACACUGAAUUCCAGUGGAGAGAACCACAAGAGGAAGCGUUCAAUACCCUCAAGGAAAAGCUGACACAGGGACCUAUCCUUCAAGCACCGGACUUUGCCAAGAAUCGCGUCAUAGUGUGGACCGACAACAAGGCUCUACAAUGGCCCAGAAAGCGCAAGACAAAAAUGCUAGCUCGUUGGGUAGUAUCAUUACAAGACGCCAGUGCUGAAGUUAAAUUUAUAGAAGGGGAAAAGAAUGUAGUGGCUGACCGUCUCAGUCGCAUUAAAUUUGCCACAAGCAAUACUACAAACUCAAGAGACCUGUUCCAGGUUGAACUUCUGGCAGCAUGUUUCCUUGAAGAGCUGGAGGAAGAGGAACCUAGAGAAUUAGGUUGGACUCCGGAAGAACUGAGAGAGUCACAAAGAGACGAUCCUCUGUAUGGUCCUAUUGUGAGGUUCUUACAGAGCAAAGAACCUACAGACCUUGAGAAGGUCGAUAGCAGAUUAAAAAGAGAAAUUGGCAAUUAUUUUCUCGACCAUAAUCUGCUAUACAAAAGGCAACUGGCAAAUGACUCUUCACUCAGAAGUGUUGAGAACGUCAUUGUUGUUCCCAGGAAGAUGGUCAUUAGGGUGCUACAUAUAAUACACAGUAGUCCUUUAUCUGGACAUGGAGAAGCAAAAAGAACCUUGUUCCGCACAAAGAGACUCCACUUGGAUGGUAAUAAGUACAUUUUGUUGAGUGUUGAUUUCCUUAUGCACUACACACUGAUGACUACCUUGAGAAGUAUGGAAGCAGAAGAGAUUACUAGUGCAGUUUGGAAUAUAGUUAUAUGUCAGUGGGGACCCUCUGAGGUCAUCCUGAGUGAUCAAGGCACAGCGUUUAGGAACCGCGUCAUGAAAAGAUUGACAGAACUUGGCGGAUUCCAGCACAAAACUGUAACCAUUUACCAUCCAGCCAGCAAUGGACUUGUGGAGAACCACAAAAAGCAGAUCAUAUCAAUUCUCUACACCCAGGCUUGUGACAAUGACGACGAAGACGGCGACGAUGAUAGUUAUAGAGACGACUUCUUCCAUAAUACCAACUUGGGUGACCAAGUUAUUAAUAUUGAAGAUUACAAUGUAUGA